AGGGAAUCCAAGUCGUUCCCAAGGAAAUUGGGUCGAAGGAAACAAAAUCCAAAUAUACUUUUCGGCGACGUUCACAACCUGACAGGUGAGUAAAACAGAAAGCUAAGUGUUGUCAUAGCAACACAUGACGCCACAACGCGAGUCUGCGUUCAGUGUUGGCCAAUUAUAAAUACUUUAUGUUAAAUCAAUGUUUGGAAAAUAUUGGAGAGUGAUUACUGCAUGCAUGUACGUUCACAACCUGACAGGUGAGUAAAACAGAAAGCUAAGUGUUGUCAUAGCAACACAUGACGCCACAACGCGAGUCUGCGUUCAGUGUUGGCCAAUUAUAAAUACUUUAUGUUAAAUCAAUGUUUGGAAAAUAUUGGAGAGUGAUUACUGCAUGCAUGUACGUUCACAACCUGACAGGUGAGUAAAACAGAAAGCUAAGUGUUGUCAUAGCAACACAUGACGCCACAACGCGAGUCUGCGUUCAGUGUUGGCCAAUUAUAAAUACUUUAUGUUAAAUCAAUGUUUGGAAAAUAUUGGAGAGUGAUUACUGCAUGCAUGUACGUUCACAACCUGACAGGUGAGUAAAACAGAAAGCUAAGUGUUGUCAUAGCAACACAUGACGCCACAACGCGAGUCUGCGUUCAGUGUUGGCCAAUUAUAAAUACUUUAUGUUAAAUCAAUGUUUGGAAAAUAUUGGAGAGUGAUUACUGCAUGCAUGUACGUUCACAACCUGACAGGUGAGUAAAACAGAAAGCUAAGUGUUGUCAUAGCAACACAUGACGCCACAACGCGAGUCUGCGUUCAGUGUUGGCCAAUUAUAAAUACUUUAUGUUAAAUCAAUGUUUGGAAAAUAUUGGAGAGUGAUUACUGCAUGCAUGUACGUUCACAACCUGACAGGUGAGUAAAACAGAAAGCUAAGUGUUGUCAUAGCAACACAUGACGCCACAACGCGAGUCUGCGUUCAGUGUUGGCCAAUUAUAAAUACUUUAUGUUAAAUCAAUGUUUGGAAAAUAUUGGAGAGUGAUUACUGCAUGCAUGUAUUUCUAGUAUAAUUGUAACUGUUGUUCACAGUUCGCUUAUCAUCAUGUUAUUACUCAAAUUACUGCAUCUCAUUUUGUCUCUAAUACUUUUUGCUAUAUCAUGAAAAAAUAACACCCCCUCUGCAACCUCGUCCCCAGGGCCUUUUGAGGAAAGAUGCGAAGGACAGCUAAGGCCCUGGUAAAGGCUGGUGAAAUAAUCCACAAAUUGUGGGUUAUUUUUUCACGUGAUAUAUCGGAGCAAAUAGUAUACAGGGGGGUGCGAUCGCGGAUCGCUUUAGCUACAAUAUAUUCGUCAAUAUUGCAUAAACACCGAAAUCGACAAAUAAAGAACAAAAAUCUAUUUUAAAAUGAAAAAAUCUGUUAAAGUUCUUCCAAAAAUAUUGAAUAAAUUUGAAAUUGUCUUCAAAUUAGCUCUGAGAACCUUGGUUGAACUGUAAAGGAGAUCUAUUAAAUAGACAAAGCAACAGUGCAAAACGAAUGGAUCGAUAGAAGCAUUUAUACUAUGAAUUUAAUACUGUCGCAAGGAAAUUGCUGCCUCGAUUGUGAAACAGAUAUGUAAAAUCACUUUAAUUUAAUAAUAUGGACUCCAUGAUCAUCAAACCAUUUAAUAGUUAUUGUUGCUACAGUAGAUCUUUCUUGCAAAUGUCAAUAUCAUACAGUAUAUUUAACAGUUAAAGGGAGUACAAGACCCAAAGAAUGUCUGAAAAACAAGGAAUGUCAACAUCGUAUGCACUUGGAAUUUAAAUGCUUAUGUUAGCCAUAUACCCUGAGUAUAACCUGGUUGACCUCCGUGGUUAAAUUAACAUUUCCUGAAUUUAAUUAAGUUGAAAUAUUUUAUUUGAUUUUCAUUCUUAUCCCAAGAACAUUGUGAACACACAUAUAGUGCUUUGGGUUUAGAUUUCAAAGGCCAAGCUUCAAAACAAAUGUUGUGAUCUUAAUGAUCAGGCAUUCCCAAACAAUUACAUGCAUGAGGGUCAAAUCAGACAGAAAGCCUCCAUAUGCUUUAUCAAGGCUGAAUAAUUAUAAUGAGAUGGAAUUAAUUUCCUCAUUAUACUGUUAACAAGCCCUUGUUUUUGUUUGUAAUCAAUUACACAAAUUACUUCCCAGAACAUUAUUUAAGGAGAUUAUUUGACAAGUCAGCAGGUACAUUUUUCCCUGAGCCACAAUUGGGGCAAUUCAGUGUCACUCAUCACAACAGGCGCUCAAAAUCACUCACAACAUACAACAGGCAGUUCAGCAUCACUCACCACAAUUGACUGUUCAAUACUGUGUGCCUCAGUAGGCAAAUCAAUAAUCAAUAUUUUGUUCAGAUCAACAACAAAUAUCAAAAUUGAACUCAUUCUCAAAACAUGAUACAAUAACAAGGGGUCUCUUAUGGACAAAUACAAGACACCUGGUGUCAAAUGUAUCAAGUGACAAGAUUAUUCAUCUCUUUUAAUUUGUGGUUUAUGGGUUUUUUUGUGGCAAUUCGUUGGGCAUCACAAGUGCAUUUGUAUAUCUUAAUACACUGUGAGAAUACAAGUAUUAGUAUUUAAAUGACACAAUAUGAUGUAAGUUACCUUUCAGGUAUAUAAUUUGUAUACAGCAUCAGUGGUGUAACUUAACUUUUUUGACCACUUGCCCUCAGGGCAAGUUGGACAUGAAAAUUGGUUGCCCUGAAUAAAAUCCAGUUGCCAUCAGGCAAUGGGGUACCUACGCGGGCCAGUAUAAAUUAGGGAGACAACAUAUCCACUCAUUGGACUAGUGGCAUUGGCUAUGUUACUGCCUCAGAUCUAGACUACCUCAGAUCUAGCUUUGGCUCACAUAUUAAACAAAAUUUGAAUCAAGUACACUUAUUUAAUGUAACACUAAUCACCAUUAUUUAUUUUUUUAUUAGUUUUACAAUAAGAAAUUGAAGGCACAGACAACAGGACUAAUAAAGUCCCAAAUUAAGUCCUGCCAUAAAUUAAGUCCUGCCAUAUUUCGUUAUCAUAUCAUGAAUAAACAUUUAAUAACCAAAAAGAGAAUCAAUGCAUAAUAUAAUCAAACAAUUUAGAUGAAUUUGAUGCAGAUGAUUUGCUAGCUUGAACCAAUGUCGUCGAACAGCCUUUAUUCUAUCCGACAAUAAUAAUAUGAACUGAAAGCUGGCCAGCUUUUUGUGGCAAAGCAACUUUCCCGUUCGGGCAACCAAGAGGGAACUUUUACUUGCCAUCAUGAUAUUCACUUGCCCCGGGCAAGUGUUAAGUUACACCUCUGAGCAUAGUAGUUGCCAUUUGGCAGCUGUUGGUCUGGUUGAAGUGCUCAGAUAAUUUGGGGAGACCCAUGGCAUGCUCUCUCAACAGUGAAGGUUCAAAAACACACAUGCCGGAAUGCUUAUAGAAUACCUCGCCAUUUUUCCGCAUUCAUUGACACAUAAAUAUGUACAAGAAUCACUUCAAAAUAGUUUAAGGGUAAAGUUUAGAGAUUAAAUCAUAUGAGUAUGUUAGUUUGGUUCAAAUUUGACUGGGGGGUUUUGAAGAAUGAGGCAAUCAUAUUAGAUCAAUUUUGAGUAAAUUGACAAUGUUUACAAGGAAUUAAUAGCGGUAAGAUGUGAAAGUUGUGGGUAUUCUAUAGUUGUAUCAAAAAAGUGGAAAACCAAGCUAAAAGCCCCAAGAAUACCUGAUUGCCACAAUGUCAAAGAGCAUAGUUGCGGACUAAGAAACAUCUAUUAGACCAUAUACAGUACUUGAGUUUUGUGAUAUUGCUUUUGCAUUAUACGAUAUACUGUAAACUUGCUGUUAACAUAUUAUAUUAUUAUAAAUAUUCAUGGUUGUCAAAUAUCAUAAAACCAACACACAAAAUUCACACACAAAGGUUCAAAAUAGUGUAUAUUGGUAUAAACGUUUAAUAAAAAUGCAUACAUACGUAACCCAUGGUCGGCAUGGAAUUUUGUCACUUGGCACAGUACUUUAAUGUUUUUUUAAUGUUUGUCCCACAUUAAAAUAUAUUGAGUCGAUGACAGUGCAACUGUUCAUAUUAAAACGUUCUAGUCACAUUUUACAUGCACAUUUGUAUUCAGUAGUAAUCUUUUCAUAAAGGUACAUCAAAGUUCCAAAUCAAAUUCUUCACUGACAGUAUGUUAUUGACUCCCAAACGACAAAUAUUAUAAAACACGCUUCCAAGCUGAAAAGAAAUAUUUACUGUUGUCAGUCAGUGUUUAGACCCUUCUCUUUGAAUCUUGAUCUUCGACAAGUAUUGCUGUUGAUUAUAUUCCAUAUUUUUUUUAAGAACAUCGCAGACUAUAUAUUUAUUUCCACUGUCAGUUGAAAAGUUUAUCAUCAUAGUUUCAGUCGCAAAAGCUUCUAUCGCCCCUUUGCACGGCCAUGUUUGAUAAAAUCAAAGCGGCCCGCACCCCCGGUUUGAAAAGUUAAAUAUUUUGAAAUAUUCAAAAUUUGAAGCAUCACGUGACCAGCCUUUACCAGGGCCUUUGCUGCUUCGCUUCCUUCCUCAAUAGGCCCUGGGGACGAGGUUGCCCCUCUGCACCCCCUUCUGGCUGGGGGGAGGGUGCGCACCCCCCUCGUAAAUCUAUUCCAGAGUUCCUCUGUCAAGAGAGGUGUUGGUACAUGCGUGUACUGUAUUUUUAAGAAUUAGGAUUUUGUGCAUCUCGUUCGAUAGAACUGCAUGUACUGUAAAUGGGUUUUUCAUAGAUGGAAUUUUCCAACGAAAAUUUAUAAAUAUGGCGGCCAGCUGUUUGCAAUAAGGUCCGGUUUAGACGGCGAAGAUGCGCUGAACCUAAUACAACGAUUAUUAUGACGGAAGAACGGCGCCUAAGUCAUUUUAUAAGUUCGACAAGUUUUGAUUAGGUUCGACGCGGCACAAAGUACGGCAAGUCAUGUGGUAUUAUGCGACACAGCCGGUUCGUCGUUGGUUCAGACGCCGUGCUGUUCAUGCGGCGAACUUUUUUAACGUACAGUACAUUAUGAUACAUGAGCAAUUAGCACUGAAAUUUCUGAUAUAGUGUACUUGGUACAGUACAUUAUCGUAUCAUUAUGAUACAUGAGCAAUUAGCACUUAAAUUUCUGAUGUAGAUUCAAAAUUAAUUUUUCCACACUUCUUGUUAUAUAAUUGCAGUUGUUAUUAUAUAGAAGAAAGCUUUACAAUAUAAUUGGAAUCAAAUGACAUAAUAGUUUACAUUGGAAGUGUGUGGCGGCUAGAAUAGCAGCAUAGCUUUCGAGCUAGCCACCGCUAUUUGUAAGAAAUAGAUAUAUAAUAAUGGUGUCAAAGGCUAUGAAUACUAUUAGCAUAUAACUUGCUACACCCUAGUUUUAGGAUUGUAGAAGAAAUUUUUUGUAUUGCUUUUUGAACUGGUUAUGAUAAAGAUACUUAAUACGGGCAGAAAUCUCCUCGUAUAUCUUGGAAAUAGUAAAUUUUAGAGCAUGCUUACCAUAAUUAGUUUUGGCUAUUGGUCUGUAGAAAUUUGAAUUAGCUGCAAACCGUGUAUUGUAACCAUGGACAUCAGACGCUCUUACAAGGAAAUGAUUAAAGGCCUCAGGUCUAUCAGUUUGAUCAAAAGACAUUUUAUCCGCAAAAAUAGCUAAUUUGAGUUUAAAAAUAUUUUCAAGGGUGAAUAUCCCUGUAAUAUUAUAAUAAGGAAUACUACUUUCUUUAGGUGGAUAUAGUGUACUUGUAUUUAGGUGGAUAUAGUGUACUUGUAUUUAGGUGGAUAUAGUGUACUUGUAUUUAAUUGGCACGGUACAAUUACAGGUGUAUGUGCCACAGAAUACCAGUCUUAAUUAUUUCUUAUAUAAAAUUUGAAGGCAAUAUGCUAUAAACUUUAUUUUUGUGAUUAUAUAUUAGUUAUAGUCUUAAUUGACAUAUAAAAACAAAAAAUGUAUAAUUUCUUAAAAAUUCUUAAAAAUAAUCAGGAUUAACAAGAAGUAACAUUCUAUAUUUUUGGUACUUUUUUUCGUAUAAUGCCUGUAAAAUCCUAAUGUUUAAAAAUAAGUUCGCAAACCAGCAUAAUUUAUGUUGAUCAAUACUUUUUCUAUGCAACACAACAUUAUUACUACACUGAAAUCACACAGUGUAAUCAAUUUUACCAUUGAAAAACUGAAUUUAUCAAAAUUAUUGAUAAAUCUGAUAUUCUUUGGUUAUACUACUGGUAUUCUUUUCUGAUCAUAGGGUUUAACUUUCACUAAAUUAAGUUAGCAAUAUCACACAGUAUUAUCAUACAAAAUGACACACCAAAUCCUGGUACAAUUUGAUAAACCGUUGCUUACUUAUCUCUGCACUAGUAUUCUGUGGUGAAUUGGAAUUUUUCCACAGAAUAUUCAUUUAAAAGAAAAUAAUUAAGUCUAUGAAAUCUUGCCCCAAAACCCCGAGGAAGAAAAAAUAUAUCGAUACACUAUACUAAAAAAUAUUAAGGAACCAUAUUAUAUACAUUAGACAAAAGAUAUGUAAAUUUUUGCGACAUUCUGUGGUACAUACACUUGUAAGUCUGAAUCAGUUUCCGAACUUGUGCUGUACGGUUUGGCGCAUGAAAAGUUCGCCGUUUAAACUAGGCCUAAGGUUUUAUGCAUAGUUUUAAAAGUUUCUUUUUUCAAGUGAGAAAAACUAUAUUUUUAUUGUCAAUGUCCUUCAAUGAUGUUAUAUAUACCUGUAUAUGGUGCUUUGAUUUUCUUUAGAUUUAUUACCGACGAUGUUCAAAAACCUGGGGCAGGGAGUAGCGAGAGUGACUCGGAAUCCUCGUCUGGCGAAUCAGAGCCUACUUCAACAUACACAUCGAGUAAAACCUGGAUGAAUUAUUCUGAAAUACUGGAAGAUGACGAAUCUGGUGACCCGGAGAUUAGCACGGAAUUCAGCAAUAUGACUAUGAUCAGUGCGGCAUUGAGAGAGAGAUCGAUACUGAAUUGUCCUCAAAGAGUAAGUCACUUUGUUUUAAAGUCUAGACGGCACUCGGAGACUGCGUACCUCUUCGCUAGCGGAUUAAGUUAAUGUAUCAUGCAUAAAUUAUACAAUGGUCAAUCAAUCUACUCUGGCCGGCAAAGCAAGACAAACGUUUAAUAUUUUUAUGUCAACAUUAUGACGUCACUCUGCUGAAUAUUUUGCUAAAACAACAUUUGGUCAGCUAUAGAAAAUUUGGUUAACGUUUGUUUAUAUACUCAAAAGACCUUAUGCAUUAUGACGUCACAAGGCUUGAUGCCCACGAGGAAUGCUGGUCUUAGUAGUCAUCACCCAUGAAAAUUAAAAAGUGCCUAUGCAACGAAAAUUUUACCUCAUUUUUUAUUGCUUUCCUAAGAAGUACUGCUGGAGUGAUGAAGAAUGACGUUUACAGUUUCGUCAUAUCUCAUCUCAUUCUCAAGUUAUCGCACUUUCUAUAUUUUGAGUUGUGACGUCACAAGUAUGAGUUGAGGUAAUGGCAAUAAAAAAAAGUAUGAUAUCUUGGUGAGUAUUUAAUAAAAUUCAAUGAAACUUGGUACACUUAGUGAGUGCAACAAAGUCAACAAUUUGGCUUGUUUAUAUGGUUGUUAUGGCAACACACUCGUCCCCAGUCCCUUCUCUUCCAAUUUGUAUAUGAUCCAUUUCCAACGAAAUAAAUAGCAAUUUCUGCAAUUUUCGCUUAUUACUAUAAUAGGUGUAGGCAUUGUGAUCAGUUUAAACAGUUAUAAUAUGUAAACAUCGUCUGCACGAAGUCUACAGGAGGAAAGUUGUGAAAAGGAAGAGACGAAACUGGGAACUAGUGUGGUGCCAUGACAACCACAUGACCUGCCAAACAUAUUCAUGUGGGUGCACUCACUAAAUAUACCAAGUUUCAUUGAAUUUUAUUAAAUACUCACCACGAUUUCAUAGUUUCUUGUUAUUGCCAUUAUCUCAACUCAUACUUGUGACGUCACAACUCAAAAUAUAGAGAGAGCGAUAACUUGAGAAUGAGAUGAGAUAUGAAAAAAACUGUAAACGUCAUUCUUCAUCACUCCAGCAGUACUUUUCAGAAAAACAAUAAAAAAAUGAGGUAAAAAUUUCGUUGCAUAGGCACUUUAAACAAUUCAAAAUGGGCACUACCGAAAUUUUCCCUUGCGAUGCCAGCAUUCCUCGCGGGCAUCAAGCCUUGCGACGUCAUUAUGCAUAAGGUCUAUUGACAACAUUAUAUCACUCACAUGCCUAGUUAACUAUUGUUCUAGUUUACAGAAGCAUAGAAUAGAACAAAGGUAUACCUAAGCUUUAGAAUUAUCUACAUGUGUGAAUAACUCUUAUACAUAACUCUAACGAUUAGUUAUCUUUUAAAUUCACUAAAUUCAGUAUGAAAAAACCAGCCUGAUUUCAUCUAAAAGUUUCAUAUUUUUCAGCCAAUUGUUUGUUAAGUCGGGCUUUACUAUGCCCCUGGAAUACUAGUACAAGUGGUCUUUCAGAAUAUGUAAAUUUUGGAAAUACUUCGUCAUAAAUAGCGAAGUUAUCACAUGUGUGAAAAACAAGUUCGGAAAUAACCCCCGCUGAAAAACAUGAGCAAAUGUUUGUUUUUUGGGCUAUCUAUGUCGGAUUUGAAAAGAAAACAGAAAAAUAUGGUCCGCAGUUGCACCAAUCGUUCCUUUUUGUUUAGUUUUUGGCUUUUAGGUAAGUUUUUUAGUUCUAAAAAUGAGCAUUUUUGUGCCAAAACUGAAAAAUAUCGAUCAGGAAACCUUACUCAUUUUUCAGCUCCCACGCAGCCCACGCGAAAAACACGCGUGUUUUAUACCUUCGACCAAUCAUAGGGCCCUUUACCUGCUUAUCGUUCCAGUCAUAAUCGUAAAUAUUUUAAAUAAAUAAUAAAUGUAUAAUACUUAUUGUGUUAUUUCUUUGCAGUGUGGACGUUAUUUCAGAAAUGCCACACGUGCUUACAAGCACAUUAAGGAAUGCAAGGGGAAAAGUGAGAAGCAACGUUGCAAAUUAUGUGGCAAGAUAUUACAAAGCAAAGAUGGAAUAAAGCAUCAUAUCAUUUCAAAGCAUCGGAAGGUAAGUUGUGUAUUUCAUUCGUUACUAUAUUGCAGUACCUGAGUAAUUUUCUAUGUAAAGUUUUCCUUUUCUACGCAAAUGUAGUAAAUGGAACGUCUUGACGAGAACAUUAAUGUCC